AUGUCUUCCGAAAAAAUUACGGUCCAUAAUCUGGCCGACCUGAAGAAUACCUCGGACGAUGCUCUCCCCAACUACCUCAACUCUCUCAAAUUCACCCAGUCCCAUGCGCUCACCGAUGUCCGCCUCGCGCUCGGCUACUCAGCAUUUUUGAUUGCGGGCGCAUGUUUCCUUUGGGAUUAUAAGCUCGGCUUCGACAGCACAAAGUACUACACGGCCGCCGCCGUGGUCCUCUACUCGAUCCUCAACGGCGCUCUUACGCUAUGGAUCUGGUUGAAGGAGGCAGGCACCGUGUAUGAGGGCACAUCACCCUCAGGCGAGAAGGUCAACAUCGCGACAUCCACAAAGAAGAACGUACCGACCUACAACAUGAAGAUCACCCUGACCUCGAAGAACGGCGAAAAUAAAGUCAUCAACCUCUCACAACCCUUCAACCAGUGGUUCGACUCACAAGGCCGCUUCGUCGCGGUUCCCUUCCAGGAGAUCCUCGCUACCAACAUCCCCGCCGUCGGCAAGCUUGACCCCAAGCGUAUCGCAUCCACCUCCCAGGGAUACUCGACUGACGUCCUCGACGCGCUGUACGCGGAGAACACGGCGACGGGGAGCGGCGCGGAGGCGGCCAAGGGUGGCAGCAAGAGACGCAAGGCAUAG